AUGACAUCUGAAGAAAAGAAAGAGCGACCAGUAAGCGUGAUAUGUGAAGCAACUAACUAUAAUCUGACAUCAGAUUAUGCUGCUCAUCCAAUGAGUCCUGUGGGCAGAACAUCACGAUCUUCAAAGAAGGUUCAUAAUUUUGGCAAGAGAUCAAACUCAAUAAAGAGAAAUCCUAAUGCACCAGUUGUCAGACGUGGCUGGCUCUACAAACAGGAUAGUACUGGGAUGAAGUUAUGGAAGAAACGGUGGUUUGUGCUCUCAGAUCUCUGUCUCUUCUAUUACAGAGAUGAGAAAGAAGAAGGAAUACUAGGUAGCAUACUUCUACCUAGUUUUCAGAUAUCUGUGCUUUCUCCCGAGGACCAUAUUAACCGCAAAUAUGCCUUUAAGGCAGCUCAUCCAAACAUGAGGACCUAUUAUUUCUGCACAGAUACAGGGAAGGAAAUGGAGUUGUGGAUGAAAGCCAUGACAGACGCAGCACUUGUGCAGACAGAGCCUGUGAAAAGGGUAGAGAAGUUAACUACUGAAAAUACACCACCUCGAGAGGCAAAUAAUAUUUCAAACCAUCGGGUGCUAAUUAAGCCAGAGGCACAAAAUAACCAGAAGAACAAAGAAGUGAACAAAAAUGAGGAGAAGAAAGCUUUGGAAGCUGAAAAAUAUGGAUUCCAGAAAGUUGGGCAAGAUAAACCAUUAACGAAAAUUAACAGUGUAAAACUAAAUCCUUUGGGAUCGGAAUACAGGACUUUACCCAUAACCACGAUUCAGGCUGGACACUUCAGGCCAGUUCACUUAAAUGGGUCUGAGAAUAAAGCUGUUGGUGUUGUCCUGGCAGACUCUGGAGAUGGAGGUCAGCACAAUGCGGUCCAGUCACUUAUGGAGUCUGAACGAGUUAUGCAGAGAACAAAUUCAAUGCUACAGUUGGAACAGUGGAUUAAAAUACAAAGAGGAAAAGGACAAGAAGAGGAAACAAGGGGCAUAGUCUCGUAUCAGACAUUGCCAAGAAACAUGCCAAGCCAUCGACCUCAAGCUUUACCCCGGUACCCGGAAGGCUACAGAACGCUGCCGCGAAACAGCAAAGCCCGGCCGGAGAGCCUCUGCAGCGUGACGCCGUCAGCGUAUGAUAGAGCCGUGGGACCAGUAACAGCCGAAGAAAAACGGAGGUCGAUGCGCGAUGACACGAUGUGGCAGCUCUAUGAAUGGCAGCAACGUCAGUUUUACAAUAAGCAAACAACUCUUAGUAGACACAGUACUUUAAGUAGCCCAAAAACUAUGAUUAAUAUUUCUGAUCAGACGAUGCAUUCGAUUCCCACCUCACCUUCUCAUGGUUCAAUUGCUGGUUUCCAAGGAUAUUCCCCGCAGCGGACCUACAGAUCAGAAGUGUCUUCACCAGUGCAAAGGGGAGAUGUAACUAUUGAUCGCAGACACAGGACGCAUCAUACUAAGCAUGUCUUUGUGCCUGACAGAAGGUCAAUGCCAGCAGGUCUGAGUUUACAGCCUGUUACUCCUCAGAGCCUCCAAGGCAAAACAAUGAAAGAGAAUGAACCUUUAAUCACCAUGGUUCACACUAUGAUUGAGAACUCGGCGCUAAGACCGCAACUGUACCACCAAUUAACACAAGAAGAGUGUAGGGGUACACUAUACAAAUAUAGAACUGAAGAGCUGGAUAUUGAUGCUAAGCUUAGCCGUUUAUGUGAACAAGAUAAAGUUGUACAAGCACUGGAAGAGAAGCUUCAACAGCUACACAAGGAGAAAUACACGCUUGAACAAGCUUUGCUAUCAGCAAGUCAGGAGAUAGAAAUGAAUGCAGAUAAUCCCGCAGCCAUACAAAAUGUAGUCUUGCAGAGAGAUGACUUGCAGAACGGACUACUUAGCACUUGUCGAGAAGUAUCGCGAGCUACUGCAGAACUGGAAAGAGCUUGGAGAGAGUAUGAUAAAUUGGAAUAUGAUGUAACUGUAACAAGGAACCAUAUGCAGGAGCAACUCGAUCGGCUUGGAGAAAUUCAGACUGAGUCAGCAGGGAUACAGCGUGCUCAGAUUCAGAAGGAACUGUGGAGAAUUCAAGAUGUCAUGGAGGGUUUAAGUAAACAUAAACAGCAAAGAAGCUCUUCAGAGGCAGGAAUCAUGGGAUCAAGGACAUUUUCAGCUAUUAAAUAUAAAAAUGAGGAAGAGGAAGUAGUCCCACCUCGUCCUCCACUCCCUCGGUCCUAUGACUUUACAGAGCAUCCUCCCAUAAUCCCCCCUCUGCCCAGUGAUAGCAGCUCCUUGCUCUGUUAUAGCAGGGGCCCAGUACAUCUGCCAGAAGAAAAGAAGAUUCACCAAGUUCAAGGAUAUCAGAGAAAUGGAUCUUACUGUGGUCCUGAUUAUAGGCUUUAUAAGAGUGAACCGGAGUUGACUACAGUAGCAGAAGUGGAUGAGUCUAAUGGCGAAGAAAAAACAGAACAAGUUUCAGAAUCAGAAUCUACAGCUAAAGGCUCACAUUUUCCUGUGGGAGUUGUACCACCCAGAACCAAAUCACCAACGCCAGAGUCUUCAACAAUAGCAUCCUAUGUCACUUUGAGGAAGAAUAAGAAGAUAGAUCUAAGAACGGAAAGACCAAGAAGUGCGGUGGAGCAGCUGUGUCUUGCAGAAAGCACACGGCCUCGAAUGACUGUGGAGGAACAGAUGGAAAGAAUAAAGAGACACCAACAAGCUUGCCUGAGAGAGAAGAGAAAAGGACUCAGUAUUCUUGGCGUUUCAGACCAGUCUCCUUCACAGAGUCUGUCGUUUGUCAGAGAGAAUCCAUUCAAAUUGGCACAGAAUCGAAAAAAGGAUGAUACUGUAUCUACUAACAUGAAGGAACUGGAGACCACCAGCAAAGAAAAUAAUUUGAAACAAAAUCAUGAAAGCCCUGGAGGAGAAAUGGCACAACUGAAACAUGAUGGAGAACAAGAACUUAAUUCAAGUUUUACUAAAGAGCUGACAAAAACCGAUCUUUUAUCAGAUGCACAUGUUGUAUCUGACUCAAAAAAAGUGAGUAAUGAAGAAAAGAAAAAUAAAUUGGAAGAAACACAUGAUGGUGAUAUAAGCUUGCAGAGUGUGACCACAGUUGCAAACCACAAACCCAAAACCAUCUCAGAAGAAAGUGAAGUAGUUAGUGUUGAAGAACAAGAAGGGAUUAUGUCCACAUUUGAAUUAGCAGCAGAGUCUUCAAAAGGAAAUCAAGCAACAGCAGUGAAAAGUUUGCCUUCUUCACCAGAAUCGUCAUUGUCACCAGCUCCAUCUACACAGACACAGCUCACAGAAGGAUCACAUUUCAUGUGUGUAUAGUUACAGAGAACACUAACGGCUUCUGUUGAAACAAUCACGCCUGAGAUGUAUGGACCUGACCUAUGAAAAUAUGAGAAGAUAUUGUACAGUAUAUUUUAAAUCUAUGAAAUUCAUAGUUCUGAUGCUUUUGGCCACAGAGCAUCAUUUUAUCACUUCCUGGAAAAUGUUUAUUCCAAGAGAGCUUUAAAUGGCCCACGUGUACACUCAACAACCUUCAGAUUGUUCUCCUGAUACCAGCUUGCUGCUAUGAUUUCUGUGCACAUAAAAUAAAGGUUCUUUUUAAUGUGCAGCCUACAGUCAGAACUUCAUUUGAUAUUCUCUAGAAUUCAACGUUCUUUUAAUUAUGGAUCGUAUAAGUUUACCUUUUUGCUUCUUCUAGAUGCAUAACUCGGUUAAUUUUACAUAUCACCACUAAACCUUGUUUUACACUUUUAAAACAUUGCAAUUUCUUGUUUUAACAUUUUAUUUGUAAAAUUUUUAUAUAUAUAUACAUAUAGAUAUAUUUAAAAUGUGCCAUUUUUAUUAUUGCUUAGUAAAAUAUGUCCUGUUUCUGCUGUAAUUAUUUCUUGGUCAGGUUGCAAUGUCAGCAGUUACUGCCACACUUCUGUCAACAUAGACAUUAAUGUUAGUGGUUACUUUUUCUUAAAUAAAAUGGAGUGUAGGUAUUUUGAGGUACUGGGCUUUUCCUUUGUUGGGUUAGGGUGUGUACAGCAAUAAGCAGGUUUUCAAUCCAGUACUUAGUUUGUGUACAAAUGUAAUUAUGUUCAUUGUGUAUAUAUUAUACAAUGAGCACAUAUGAUGUAAGUAUAAGAAGCCACUUAUUAUUGUUCAAAUAAUGUUCAUAUCCCAUUUCUUUUAUAUCAUAUUAAAUAAAUGUUGAUGUUCUUAAGGACUUGUAUGGUUAGUAUUUCUUCCAGCAAAGAGAUGUCACACUGUGUUCCACCUUUUGAUGUGGGGAAUGCAACAACUCUUAUCUCAUUGGUGACAUCACCUGUCAACCAGAGUAGCAGUGACAGACUCUUAAAGAGAUUCCAGUCUUCCUCUGCGGGAAAGAAUGAGGCUGCAACGCAGAACAAAAGACAACCUGAGACGGAGACGCGAGAAGUACAGGUUCGGCUCCUGACUCUCCCAGACUUGUACCGUGAUGUUGGAAUAAUUAAUCACUUAGUCAUUCUAUGCCUCCAUUCCCUGCCUGUUUACUGGAGAGGUGGUAGCCUGACUGAGUGGGGUGUGGUGAGCGGUCAUUCAGAAUUUGCGAAUGGUGAAUGUCACGUUCAGUGGGGUUAAGGA